AUGCUGGGCCUAGAUAGAGCCACAUUUGCUGACGGACCCGAAACCGUGGAAUUAUCGAAACCGCCGCCGCCGCCGCCGUUGUCUCCGUCCCUUUUCAACCGUCUAAUCCACCUCGACACUGCUGUCUCUCUCCAUCUCUACACUCUGACGCAACCCAUCCUUCCUUACUACCUCCUCAAAACUCUGGAACUCUCCGGCGAUGGGCGCUUCUUCUUCCCCUUGACACUCUCCGUCCUUCUCUCUCCUCUCUCCACCACCCAUUCCACCUUCCUCCUCAACCUUCUUCUGGGCCUUAUCUUAGAUCUCCUCCUAAUCGGCCUCCUCAAACACCUCAUCCGCCGCCUCCGCCCCGUCUACAACAAAAACAUCUUCCAUACUUUCUCAGUCGAUCACUGGUCCUUCCCCAGUGGCCACUCCUCUAGAGUUUUCUUCAUUGCCACUUUCAUAUUCUUCUAUUCGAAAUUCAUCGAAGAAGUUUUGAUUCAAUUGAGGGUUGAUCAGGGUGAUGGGUAUUUUUCUAAUGGAUGGAUGAGCACAAGAUGGUUACUUUGCGAUGAUGAGGUUAAAAUGGCGAAUUAUGUUCUUUCAAUUUCGGGGUUUUGGGCUGCUUCAACGUCGGUUUCUAGGGUUCUUCUGGGGCGUGUUUAG